AUGCGCUGCCCCCGUCUUUCAGCAGCUACGGAAAAGCGUCUGUCGAGGGGAAUUUCUCACGCCAGUUCAACCAUCGUGUCCCUGGCGCGCUCUCACGUCUCAAGCACUGGAGGUAGCAGCAACGAGCCACUUCUGGACACGCCCCUGUGCACUUUCCAACUACCAGACCUCACCGUGUACCGGGACGACUUCCGCAGCUUCAUCGAGAGGGACCUCAUCGAGCAGUCCAUGAUGGUGGCCUUGGAGCACGCUGGACGAUUGAACUGGUGGACUAAAGUGGUUUCAAACUGUCAGAAUCUGCUGCCUCUGGCAACAAGCGGAGACGGAAAUUGCCUGUUACACGCCGCCUCGCUCGGUGAGUAUCGCAGACCUUUCAAACGAGACCCCAGUACCGUGCAG